AUGCCAACCUCAGGCUAUUUAAUUGAUCGAAAAACCAACAAAAAAUAUGCUAUUAAUGGUUGCCCAAAGGCGGAAAGUCCUCCUUCAGAUCCAAGAUUAAAACAAAAGUUUUCCGAUCAUAUUCGUUUCGGUGAAUCUGAACUUCCAUUUAAAGUUGAUCUUCGUGAAGGAAUGACGCCCGUGGAACAGCAAGAAUUUAUUAAAAGUUGCGUAGCGAAUGCUUUUGCUGGUGCUUACGAAUAUCUAUUGAAAAGAACUUACGGCAAAGAAAUUGAUAUUAGCCGAUUAUUUAUUUAUUACAAUGCUCGUGUCAAAGAUCCAAAUUAUAAUGGACACGUACGAGAUAAAGGUUGUUCUAUUACAUAUGCUCUAGAAGCAUUGAAAGAAUGUGACAGUUGUCUUGAAAAAAUAUGGUCUUAUAGAGAACAUCGAAAAGAUACAUGCCCCAGCGACGAUGCUGUUGAGAACGCAGCAAAUUUACUAAUCACUGGUUCGAUGGAAAUUGGACACAACUUGCAUGAAAUGAAAGCAUGUCUUGCGCAGCAUAUUCCAUUUGUAUUUGGUUUGAGUAUCAAUCAACGUGAAUUUCAGGCACAAGGAAAGAAUAAGGGAUGUAUACAAACACCACCUGAGAAUAAACCUCAACCAAAGAAUGGACAUGCAAUGCUAGCUGUUGGUUAUAGUGAAAUAUACAAGACAUUCAUUGUUCGAAAUUCAUGGGGACCAGAAUGGGGUGACAAUGGAUAUUGUUAUAUUCCAUGUAAAUAUAUGCUCAACCAGGACCUAUGCUACGAAAUAUAUGCUGUCGCCAAUUUGGAAGAUUUAGACGAUCUGGAUUCAAAACCUGUCGACAAAGAUGGUUGGUUUGACGAAGACGAAACGAAUUAUCUGGAAGAUUGUGACAAUGAAGAAGAAUACGAUAUUGAUGAUCUGAAAAUUGUGGACGGAGAAACGGAAGAAUCAGAGGCAACUUACCAAGAAGAAACGGAGGAAAACGAAUACAAUUAG